CUUAAUUAUUUUUAUUUCCUCUUCUUGGCUCCUCUGCAUCACUUCGUCUUCGCUCGUUCGUCAAGUUUGUUUUAUCAAUCAAUGAUGAUGGCUUUGAUAUGGACACGCUUCUUCUCUAUGUUACGUCUUCAAGGGUUUUGCUCCUCUCUCUAGUACAAUAUCUUCGCUCGGUCGUUUCAUUGGUGGCUUUGAUGACAUGCUUUUACCAAUCAAUUAUGAUGGCUUUGAUGAACACGCUUAUUGCUUCGCCUUCAAGGGUUUGGAUGAUGCUUUUAUCAAUCAAUGUUGGCUUUGAUGACAUGCUUCUUCUCUGUGCUACGUCUUCACGUGUUCAGGGGUUUUGUUCCUCUCUCUAGUAUCUUUGCUCGUUCGUUUUGUUGGUUGGGAUGAUGUUUUUAUUAAUCAAUGAUGGCUUUGAUAUGGACACGCUUCAUCUAUGUGCUACGUCUUCACUCUUCAGAGGUUUUGUUCUUCCUCUUAACACAUCUAUUACUUCUUUUUCUCUUAUUUCCGUCUUGCAGGUCUUUUGGAAGCGAAUUAUGAUCUGAUCAUCACCUUCUUCUCCAUGCUGCUACGUCUUCGGGCGUUCUCUAAACAUUUGUGGAGGAGGAUCUUACAAUUGAUUGGUGAUGGCUUCAACUGAUCCCUGUCAGUUGUCACUCCUAUUCAUGUUAUUCUUCUAUGAUUUUGGAGGAUGCUUUGAUCGGUGGGUGAUGGUUUUGAUAGAUCGUUAUUGUCUUCUCUGCACUAAAUCUUCAGAUCUUAGAGGCAACCGGAUUACAGUGUGGGAGGUUCGGAGAGAAAUCAUUGUAGGAGUGCGUAUGAUUUCAGAGUUUUAAUUUUCAGAUGUUCUUGCUGUGUUCACACACAUUCAUAUGAGAGAGAUGAUCCACAAAUUAUUUCCUAGACGAAUCGUGGAGACACCAGGACGGAUAUGAUAAAUCUUAGCAUUGUGCGAAAAUUUAUCUUUGUUUGAUGCAAAUCGUGGAGGCACCGGGACAGAUUUCUUCUGGUCUGUCAUGUUUUAAGGUAUGUUAUUAAAGAUGGAAAGAGAGCAGCUGAAGAUGGAGAUUGUCAUUGUUUCUUCUGUGCUACAUCUUUUUAUUAUCAUCUUCUCUGUUACAACCACAAGUUCCUCUGUUUUGUUAUAUCUCAGGUUACUAACUGGUCUCUUUCCCCAAUUCUCUCUGCUUAUCUUAAUGGUUGUCAUUUUGGCUUCUUUAUAGGUUUGUUCUUAAUGGUUCUUUUUUCCCAGUUUUUGGGUUGUAAACUACGUGGAGAUGUGAUCAUUGUUCCCUCCUCCCUUAUCUCUCUUUUAUUCUUUCUGAUUUUAUAUUCUAUGGUUUAAAUGCUUAUCAUAUCUGCUUAGGAUUGUCGUUUGUCUUUCUACAUGACGCCAUUACCUUCGUAUAGGAACUUGGAUCAUGGAAGUGGAAGUCUUAUUUCCAUUUGUUCGCCUAAAUGUAUAUGUUUAUGUACAUUAGAAUCUUUGAUAAACCUGAAGAACUUUUAAAUUAUUUUGGUAUUAAUGUCUUUAUUGUGUCUCUUUACGUCUGCUAAGUUUGAGCUCCUCUGAUUCACAAGGCUGGACAUGUUGUUUAUUCAGGUUUCAAGUAAUGUUGCUUUUAGCCUAAGACCCUGUCUUUUGUUACAGAUAUUCAAAGUUCUUUAAGAGAAAAGCAUCAUCAGGUUAUUUCAGGUUUUGGAUGAUACUUUUAUCGAUCAUUGAUGGCUUUGAUGGACACGCUUCUCCUCUCUGCUAUGUCUUCAGGGGUUUUGAUUUUCCUCUUAACAUUAAUAGAUGCAGGGGUUUUGUUCUUCCUCUUAACACUGUUUUUACUUCUUUCUUCGUUUUUUGCAAAUGAAUUAUGAUCUAAUCCGGGAUGGUUGUAGCUAUGUAAGUUGGCUCCUCUGAAUACCAUAUUAAUGUCUGUUUUGCUUGUUUCUGGCAUUAAUGAUGUUCAUAUUUUAGGUGUUGGAGUGUCCGGUAAUAAGAGAAACGUAGCAUCUCCAUCUUCAGUUUCAGUUUCCUGCAAGCCCAAAACCUGUGAAAGAAUCUGGAAAGAUCCAUGAUGAUAACUUAGUAGAGAUGAUAAACACAACAAUAGUGGAUAGAAGCCAUCUGUGAAAUGGGAUGAUGUUGCUGGACUCGAUGGAGCUACACAAGCUUUACUGGAGAUGGUUUAUAUUACCGGCAAAAUGAAGAAAUUUGUUCACUGGUCUCCGGAGACCAGCGAGAGGCAAUACUUGUUUCAUAGCUGCAAUGCUUAACUCACACCAAGCCUCUUCUUGAGAGCCUUUUCUCAUACAAGAGUCAAAACCCUUGCAACUAUGGUAGAGGCAACGGGACUGAUAUGAUAAAUCUUUCUUCAGAUAUGCUACAUUUUUUUCUUAUCAUCUUCUUUAUUACAACCACAAGAUCCUUUGUUCUGUUAAUGUCUUUAUCUUGAUUCUUGAAGGAUGCCGUCUCUCAUACAAAUGUCAAAAAUCCCUGCAAAUGUCAAAUGUCUCCUCUGAUGCACAAGGCUGGACAUGUAUUUCCUCCUCUUUCCCUGUGGUUUCAAGUGAAAACAUCUCUGUCUCUCUUUGAUGCAGAUCGACUAGGAGGCACCGGGAUUACAGUGUGGGGUCGUAUGAUUUCUGAGUUUAACUUUCAUAUGUUCUUGCUGUGUACACACACAUUCAGAUGAGAGAUGCUCCACGAAGUCUCGAUUGAGAUUAACCAGAUGGUGUUUGGUUUCAGAACUGCUGCAGACUCACAUUGGAAUCUUUCUAUGAGAAGUUCGAUCCAGAUUUCAUCAACAUCAGGACAAAGGCCAGAGAGGUGUUGCAGAUCUUAAUGAAAUUGUCCAGCUUCUAGGAAAAGAUGCGCUAGCAGAAGGUAACAAAAUCACCUUGGAAACAGGGAAGCUCAAUCGUGGUCUCUCCGAAAAAUCUUUUUGUCCAGGUUCUAGGAGCCAAUAUAUGAGGAUUGUCUCAACCUGAUUGCUCGUGUUACUGUUGUAGCUGCGUAUGUUUAUCGGAGCCAUCAUAGCAUUUGCAAGUAUAUUCAAAUUCGAAAUGAUCGGCAGGAUGUACAAGAAUGGUGAUUCCAUCCCCUCAGAUAAAUCUUUGGAUUAUAGUGUAAAUUUGUUUUCCCACAUAUUGGGAUUUGGUGAUGAAAAGAUGAAAGAGCUCAUGAGGCUUUACAUCACUAUCCACAGGAAGUUCUUUGGAUCAAAUCAGCUGUGAAGGAAUAUGGAGAAAACAUAUCGAAAGAGCAGUUAAUAUGUUUGGAAGACAUUAAAACAAUAGCAAGGUUGUUCCAGGAUAUGGACACGGUGUUCUGCGCAAAACUGAUCCAAGAUAUGUAUGGCAAAGAGAGUUCGCCUUGAAGCAUUUACCUGAUGACCCUCUUUUCCAGCUGGUGUCAAAGCUUUACAAAGUUGUGCCACCCUGUUCUCACCGAGCUUGGAAAGGGAGUAUCUCUAUCAUUUCUAGUAUAACAGGGGGAUCGUUUCUUGUAAUGGAUUACGUUGAAAGUAUGACAAGGCUUGCGAACUCCUUUGCCGAUCAUUUCGAAUUUGAAUAUACUUGCAAAUGCUAUGAUGGCUUGUUAUAGAACCCGUCACCAAAUGUUGAUGCUCACAGUGGGGUCUUGCUGGACCACUAUUGGGUCACAUCAACUAUGGUCGAACCGAAGCAAGGUACUACACCGUUCUCUUUGGUGUUUAAAGGAGUCUUGGCAUCUGCUCUCAGGUAUAUCUAUAUAUUUACACAAUGAGUAAAUAAGGGAAAGAAAAAAGUCAUCAGGAGGCAUUGAAAGACAAAUAAUUUUACUGUCCAACUAUCAAAAAGUAUCAAACCGGUUAUUACAAGAUCGAUCAAAACCUUUUAUACUUAUAACGAAUUAGCCAGAAAAUUGGCAGCGCUUAAAAUUUUUGGAUCAGAAGCAAUGGCCGAUAAUAUCAUUUCAUCCCCAUUGUCUAAUUUGGCUCCUUAACUCUAUCCACCUGAAACACACACAUAACCUCAGAUUUACGCUACAGUGUGCAUCAGAUUAGAGUUAUGAACAGAGGACACAAACCUCAUUGAGGUUUCGAGCAGACUUGGAGGUUAGUGAUAAGUGUGUAUCACUUCUAGUGGAUUUUUUUUUUUAAUCGUCUUUCAAUCUUAAAGAACAAAUAAAAAAAAGGACUAAUGCCGUUUCAUUAUUCAUCAAAGUACAGUGUACGUGUCUAUUAUUAAUUAAAUAUAAAUUUAACUUUCUAUUGUCAAAUUCGGUGGUCAUGGCCGGUACAACUGGUUUUUCAUUGCAACCAUCUCAUUCAAAUUAUCUAUCGGAUUGCGACGUUAGUUAUUUCUUUCAGAUUGGGUUCGUAAUAAUCAUUAUUUCUACCUUCUCUAACGAUGAAAAAAAAUCAAGUCAUGGUUCUAUAAUUCAAAUUUGAUUAUGAAAUACAUAUUGAUAGAAUAGAUAUAUGGCAACAUUUUUUAUAUUAUAUUGUAUAGAAUAUUCUCGAUACAUGAUCCUAGUUAUACAUAAUAUAUAUAGUGGUCAUAUAUGUGAUGAUACUCCUCACGGAGAUUAUCCUAUUAUCUUAGAUGGUAUCAGAACACUAGGUUCAUCUUAAACCCUAGCCGCACAACUGAUCCAACUCCGCUCUUUUCUUCUCUUUAAUUUUCUUCUUCUUCCUCUUUGUGUCUUUUCUUCUUUUACUCUUCUUCUUCGCUUCUUGCUUUGCUUUUGUCUUUUCUUCAUGACUGCUCCAGCUGUUUAUUCUAAUGAUAAGCCUUUUGGCAUCUCUCAAAUCCGAACAUACGUCCCUAUUGUGCUUGACAUGGAGAAACUGAAUUAUGACAAGUGGUGUGAGCUCUUCGAGACUCACUGUCUGUGUUACGGUGUUCUCGGCCAUCUCGACGGUUCCUCUCGUUCGUCAUCUACCACCGAAACUGCAUGGAAAGAACGUGAUGGGCUGGUGAAGAUGUGGAUCUACGGUACCAUCUCGGAAUCGAUUCUUGGCACGGUUCUCAAAGCAAAGUACUCUGCUCGUGACUUGUGGCUUACCAUCGAGGCUCUCUUUCGUGACAACAAAGAAGCUCGAGCUCUCCAGUUGGAAAACGAGCUGCGCACAAUCACGAUUGGAGACCAGAGUGUUCACGAAUAUUGCAAGAAAUUGAAGAACCUCUCUGAUCUUCUUGCGAAUAUCGACUCCCCGGUGACAGAUCGUGGACUUGUGCUCCAUCUUCUCAACGGCUUGACGGAUAAGUUCGACAGCAUCAUCAAUGUGAUCAAACAUCGUGAACAUUUUCCAACGUUCUCGGUUGCUCGUUCGAUGCUCAUUAUGGAAGAGGAACAUCUCUCAAAGCACACUCGUGUCACCCCUACCAUGUCCCAUCAUCCAUCCUCACCUGACGUGCUCUUCACGUCAUCGGACCAUCACCCUCGUCAUCAACAACAAUCGGGAUCUCUCUAUCGGGGUGGUGGUUGUGGCCGCGGUCGUGGCGGAUGCAACAACCGUGGUGGUCGUGGUCGUUCUCACAACACCUAUUGGCCCCCGUCCUCGAACAAUUGGAAUUAUGGCGCUCCUCAAGCUCCAUAUCCUUAUUCUUACGGGCCGACACCACCUCCGUACUACGUCGCGAAUCCUUUCCAGCACUUUGUUCGACCUCCACAACACUUCCCGGCACAUCCCUCACACGCUGCAUUGGGCAUCCUUGGUUCACAUCCUCAACCUCCCCAAGCUAUUGCUCAUCUUGUUCAAGCCCCACCAGCUCACAUUACUGAUCAAUCUGCAUAUGUGUCGUCUGCUCUUGCACAUGCUUUCAACACUAUGACGUUGUAGGACUCCAACAAUGGCGGCUGGGUCAUGGAUACCGGUGCGACCACUCAUGUCACCAACAAUCAAGGUAAUCUAAGUUCUACUCAUAAUUUGAGCACACUUCCAAUGAUUACAGUCGGUAAUGGAUCUCUUGCGCCUGUAACUACUGUUGGUCAUGGUACUCUCAAUUCUUCUUCUCGUCCUUUUCAGCUCAAAAAUAUUCUUGUUUGUCCUUCCAUGGUUAAGAAUUUGAUCUAUGUCCGUCGUUUUGCUAUCGACAACAAUUGCUCUCUUGAAUUUGACCCUUUUGGUUUUUCUAUUAAGGACCUUCAAACUCGGACCAAGCUUCUCCGAUGCAAUAGCCCAGGUCCGCUCUACUCGGUGUCUCUUCCCCAGUCGCUUGCUUCCCCACAUGCUCUCACGGUGUAUGCACCGACUAGUGAUGUGUGGCAUCAACGUCUUGGUCACCUCAGUAGCACAAAUCAUCGUCUUUUAGCUUCUUCUUCUUCUUCUAUUUUAUUUAAUCAGCAAAAUAAUGUGUGUCAUGCAUGUCAACUUGGCAAACACACAAGACUUCCUUUUAUGUCUUCUCAAACAAUUGUCUCGCAACAUUUUGAUAUUAUUCAUUCUGAUAUUUAGACCUCUCCUAUUCUCAGUUUAAGUGGAAUAAAAUAUAACCUAUUGUUUCUUGACCAUUUUUCUCAGUUUGUCUGGAUUUAUCCACUCAAACACAAGAGGGAUAUGUUCAGCAGAUAUCUUCAUUUUUCAAAUUAUGUGAAGACUCAAUUCCGAUGCAACAUCAAGUCUCUUCAAUGUGACAAUGGGGGAGAAUUCAACAACAACAUGCACCUUAAUCACUUGGCGUCGGAGGGUACAACGAUCCGGUUCUCCUGUCCCCAUACAUCUCAACAAAACGGGAAAGCUGAACGGAUGCUACGGACCAUCAACAACACUGUUCGCACACUCUUAGCUCAAGCAAGCUUACCCUACUCCUAUUGGGUCGAGACUCUUCACACGGCGGUGUAUCUGCUGAACAUCGCUCCAUCCUCCACUAUUGGUCAUGAGAUUCCCUACACUAAACUGUUUCGAAAACCGGUAUCUUAUUCUCAUCUUAGAGUCUUUGGUUGUUUAUUUUAUCCUAAUCUUUUACCCACUUCUCCUCACAAACUUGCUCCUAGGUCCACAACUUGCAUAUUUCUUGGCUUUCCCUCUAAUCAUCGUGACUACAAGUGUCUUGAUCUCUCCACACAUAAGAUCAUUUUAUCUCGCCAUGUUGUUUUUUAUGAAACGAUCUUCCCGUUUUCCACAAAGCCAAACAUUCCAACUCCUCCCAUAAACACAGUUCCGUCUCAUCUAUCUCCCAUCAUACCGCCUAUUCCUCAUAUUUCUUCAAACACAACUCUUGGUCCUCCGCCUGUUCUUCCUGUCUUGCCUCCUUCGCAAGUUACUCAUCCCAUGACCACUCGCAGCAAAAAUGGCAUAUAUAAGCCUCAAAUUCGGCUUUGUCUUAUUGUUAAUGCUGUUUCUCCCAUUCCCUUGUCUCAUGUUCAGGCCGCAAAAGAUCCAUUUUGGAAUAAUGCUAUGGAUGAGGAAUACAAUGCUCAAAUUAAGAGUGGCACUUGGAACCUUGUUCCGCGUCCUCCUAACGUUAAUGUGAUCCGUUCUUUAUGGUUGUUCAAACAUAAGUAGCAUGCAGAUGGGAGCUUAGCGCGUUAUAAAGCUCGACUUGUGGCUAAUGGCAAAUCUCAAGAGCUUGGCUUCGACUGUGAUGAAACUUUUAGCCCAUUUGUGAAGCCUGCAACUAUUCAAUCAGUUCUUCAUCUAGCUGUCACUAGAGAUUGGCCGCUUCGCCAACUCGACAUCAAGAACGCAUUUCUCAAUGGCGACCUUGACGAGGUCGUCUACAUGUAUCAACCGGCCGGCUAUGUGGAUCCCGAGAAACCCGAUCAUGUUUGUUUAUUGCGCAGGUCACUAUACAGUCUCAAGCAGGCGCCUAAAGCUUGGAACACCAGGUUUGCCAACUAUUCAAAGAGCAUUGGAUUCAAACAGAGUCUCUCCGACGCUUCUUUGUUUGUCUAUGAUCAUGGGCCUGAUCUUGCUUAUCUACUCUUGUACGUGGAUGACAUUGCUCUCACCGCGUCCUCCACGUCUCUCCUUGAUAUGAUCAUUCAAUCUCUAAGCAAGGAGUUCGAAAUGACGGACCUUGGCCAACUACAUCACUUUCUCGGCAUUACUUUCACCCGUAGUAGCACUGACCUCUUUCUUCAUCAACGCAACUAUGCCACCGAUAUCAUUGCUCGCGCCGGCAUGAGCAAUUACAAACCAUGUCUUACUCCAGUCGAUACGCACAGUAAGUUAGCUGAAGACGAUGGGCCUCCCGUUGAUGAUUCGACGUUAUACCGUAACCUGGCUGGAGCAUUGCAGUACUUGACUUUCACAAGACCAAAUAUCUCUUUUGCCGUUCAACAAGUAUGUCUCUUCAUGCAUGAUCCCCGGGAGUCGCAUUUCAAUGCGUUGAAGCGUAUUCUUCGGUAUCUUCAGGGCACUCUCGAUCAUGGGCUCCAUUUCUACAAGAAUUCCCCGACUACAGUCACUGUUUAUUCUAAUGCUGCUUAUGUUUCACCGAACUCCGACAACUCACUCACCGUCUAUUCCGACGCCAACUGGGCAUGUUGCCCAUCUACACGACGUUCUACAUCGGGGUUUUGUAUAUUUCUUGGGGAUAAUCUUAUUUCUUGGUCGUCUAAACGGCAACCCACUGUGUCUCGUUCUAGUACUGAAAGCAGAGUACAAAGGAAGUUCUUUGGAUCAAAUCAGCUGUGAAGGAAUAUGGAGAAAACAUAUCGAAAGAGCAGUUAAUAUCGUUGGAAGAACAAUAGCAAGGUAAAAACACACACAAUUCCUCAUUUGAGGUGCUGAGGACACAAACCUCAUUUGAGGUGCUGAGCAGACUUGGAUACAGUGUGUUGUUUCAUUAAUAAUAAGGAUACGUGUGUAUCACAUCUAAUGUUUUUGUGAUUAGUGGAUUUUUUAAAAACCGUCUUUCAGUCCUAAAGAACAAAUAAAAAAAGAACAUUAGAUGUGAUAA